UUUAACUCUGUGUUUUUCGAAUAAAAGCACUUUGUUUGUUCAAGAAGAGUUUACUUUGAGUUCCAUGUAAUUGAAUUGAGAGCUCUGUGAGUUGUAUAAAUCGUAGAAAAGAUAUAACCCGUGGUAACAUCUCAUGACAAGUAGGAGACGAGGAGGUUGGAAGAGGAGAGACACACAGAGAGAGAACGAGGCAGGAGAGAGAGAGAGAAGGAGGCUCAGUCAUGAGACGGUUGGGAAAAGCGCCAUUUUACUACAGUUAGGCCUCAUGACACCAGUACCAGCAUGGCAGUGUGUAGUUUGGGAUAUCUAACUGAGAAUACACCCUGUAAAAAAACGUCUCUAAGGUGGGGGGACGACUGCAGGAAAUAAACAGAAACGUACUAAUUUCCUUCUAACCAGUGACCAACCAUAUCUUCCAAUUUGACCAGAAAUAUCCUAUUACUGUACUGCUGUUACUAAACUGUACACUCUUCAGCUGAUAAACUCUUGUACUUACUGUACUGCAACUUUGCAUUUAACAAAUCGUCGUCUUCCUAAGGCCUGACCAUGGACUUUAUUGGUGACAUUGACUUGUUGGGUCUGUUGUCUGUAAUCAUCUUCUAUUUUGUUAUCCUGGGAGUGGGAAUGUGGGCUGCUCAGAAGAAGAGUAAUGUAGAGGGGGUCAGUGAGGAGGAGGAGACAAUGCUGGCUGGACGAAAUAUCGGUAUGUUUGUCGGAAUAUUUACGAUGACCGCCACCUGGGUCGGCGGGGGAUACAUCAACGGAACCGCCGAAAUCGUCUUCAACGACGGUUUAGUUUGGUGUCAGGCACCCUUUGGCUACGCUCUUAGUCUUAUGUUAGGUGGAAUAUUUUUCGCAAACAAGAUGAGAACCAAGGGUUAUGUUACUAUGCUAGACCCUCUUCAGGACGCAUACGGAUCCAGGAUGGGCGGACUCCUGUUUUUACCUGCUCUGUGUGGUGAAGUAUUCUGGUCUGCUGGUAUUCUUGCAGCUCUUGGUGCAACACUUACAAUCAUAUUACACAUUCCUAUGGAUGCCAGUGUAGUCGCGUCAGCUUGCGUGGCGGUGUUCUAUACACUUAUUGGAGGCUUGUACUCAGUAGCCUAUACUGAUGUAAUACAGCUGUUUUGUAUUUUCAUUGGUCUGUGGGUCUGCAUACCGUUUGCUUGGGCACAUCCUGCAGUUGCAACUAUCCAACUAACAGACUGGACUGAGAAAUGGAUGGGUGAAAUUGGAGGAGGUUGGUGGAAUGCCCACUAUGCUGACUACUUUCUACUCUUAACCUUUGGAGGGAUCCCUUGGCAGGUAUACUUCCAACGAGUGUUGUCCUCUAAGUCUGCGGGGAAAGCUGAACUCUUAUCCUAUAUUGCUGCUGUGGGAUGCUUGUUAAUGGCAGUUCCUCCUGUUCUAAUUGGAGGGAUAGCAAAGGCUACUGAUUGGAAUAAAACUGACUAUGUUCAAUUACACAAUGGUAUACUACCAAUACCUAAAGAGGAUACAAGAAUGAUAUUACCCAUGGUUCUUCAAUACCUCACCCCGCCAAUCAUUGCUUUCUUUGGACUUGGAGCUGUUAGUGCAGCUGUAAUGUCUUCAGCUGAUUCCUCUGUUCUAUCCGCAGCGUCAAUGUUUGCCAGAAAUGUUUACAAGCUUAUCUUCAGACAAGGCGCAAGUGAACGAGAAAUCAUGUGGGUGAUGAGAGUGGCAAUAUUUGUAGUUGGUGGUAUGGCAACUGUUAUGGCUUUAACUAUUCCUACCAUUUAUGGACUUUGGGCUCUGUGUUCGGACCUGGUUUAUGUAAUCUUGUUUCCACAACUUCUCAUGACGGUUCACUUCUCAGAGUAUUGUAAUACAUACGGAUCACUCUUUGCCUACUGUCUCGGACUGUUUAUUCGUCUGAUCGGAGGGGAGAAGUUGGUAAAACUGCCUCCACUCGUUCAUUUCCCAGGUUUCGAGCCUCCAUCAGAGGAGGAGAUUGCGGAUGCUGCUCUGACUGGAAGAAGACCCUUCGGUACCCAGCUUUUCCCUUUCAGAACUGUUGCAAUGAUGCUGUCAAUGAUCUCCCUGAUCUCUGUAUCCCUGCUCAUGACCUGGCUCUUCAAGAGUAAACGGCUGCGUAAAGAGUGGGAUCUGUUUAAGUGUGUUGUAAAUAUACCAGAAGAUCAGGCUCAGAUGAAGGAUCCUGAUGAUGGAGAAAUGAUCGGUAUGACAAGGAAUGAAAUGAAGAAGUAUGCCUCUGUUGAUGAUACUAAUGGGCAUGUUAUUGUGCCGGAGGAAGAGGUGGCACUGAGACGCAGGAAGGAAAGUUUGGCACGUGGAGAAAGUCUAGAUAAACCACGUGCUCGUGCGUCAGCUGAUCUCAUGAGAAAGCAAAUGUCAGUGGAUCCGUCUGACAUUAGACUUGACGAUAAACCCGAUGUUAAGAGAAGAAUCCGCCCUCUCAGUAAAAUAGACCGGAGAGAAAGCUUGAAGCAGAUUAAGCAAGGGCUAAAGGAGGGUGUUCAGGAAGUAAAGGAGGUUAUAAAGGAGGUUGCAGACCAUCUCCCAGACGGGCACAGAGGAUCAAUAGCCUCCAUAGCUGCCCAACCUCGGUAUAAGAAACUGGAGAAGGAUAUCAAGGAGGAUCUCAAGGAGACCCAUCAGACAGAAUUAUAAAAAGCCAAAACUUUACCUGAACCCCUCACUUUUAGGAAGAAAACCUUAACAUUUUGUUUGUAUUAUCGAACAAAAUGUUUAAAAUUUAGAUAUUACGAAAAAUGUUAGGUUUUCUUCUUACACUGCUGCUUUAUCUGUAUAAAAAGGCGCAACUUGAAAAAUCUAUUAAUUUGUUAAUCUUGUUUAACGACCGGCAUAAGUUUUAUUAUCAACAGAUAAUAAAUAUUUUCUAGGAAUAAAAAUAACUUAUUACUUUUGCUCACAGGUUGUUGACUCAAAAUAACACAAUUUUGGAUUUUUUAUUUUUGGUAUAGUGUAGCAGAACCCUUUGACCUUAAAAAAUCAGGAAAAUUUCAGCCGGAAUAGAAAAUGGCCGCUGCACAUGGAAUUAUGUUGUAAAAGGCUUUAUUUUAAUGUUGUAGUCUCGUGUCAAGAAAUCAUACAUUUGGAAAAUAAAAGCAUAAACCAUAAUGGUGUCAAGCUCAAAUCAGAAUUGGCUGUAGUGUAAACUGAUUUCUGACCUACGCUCUGACAUUUUGCUUGUGAUGUUUACGAUUAUUUUUGUUCAAAAUUGUGAGCAGAAUGAUAGGAAUAUCUCACAAAUUUUACAUCCCUAACAUAUGAUCUUAUUUUCGAUAGAAAUGCUUGUAAUCUUAGAACAAGAUGUUUAAAGGUCGAGCAUAAUGUUCCGAAAUUAUUUUGAAAAAAUGAAAAAAAUGUUGGGAAUCUUCUAAAAUAUAGGUGUCGUAGAAAGCUAAAGCAAUCUAUGUUUUGGUAAAAAUUUUCAAAUUACCAAAACUGGAAUUAAUAUGAGAAGAAAAGAUUGUUCUUGGUGUUAAGUACCGCUGUAUAGAAUUAAGAUUAAGAACCAUAGAUGUUACAGAUAGCACAAGAGAGAUAGUUUUAAACUACCAUAUUACAUGUUUGAUCUGUUUAAUCUGUGGAGAAAUUAUCUCUUUAUUAAGGAACUGUUCUUGUGUUGUGAAAACAUAAAAUGGCGUCAUUUUCAAUUAUUUCUAAACUAAUACUUGGAAUACCAAAAACCUUUUAUUUUGAUUUUUUUAGUAAAAAAUUACACAUUUGUAACUGGCCAAGGUAAAAAUCAUUAAAUAUAUACAGAGAGAAUUUUAACACAAAUUUAUCUACUAUAUUAGAGUAUAGAAAUAAUGCAUGUUCUUCAAUGUCUUGUAAACUGCUUUAAUUGUAUAAUAUUUUUUAAAAGUAUCAAUUGUUAGAAAAUGAAAAAUUUCUAAAACAUCUAAAAAAAGUCAAUUAUUGGAUAGAAUUUUAUCUUAUCCUAAUAUUUUUCAAAAUUUUAGUUCAAAAUUUCAUCAGAGAUAUUUUAUGGAACCAAAAUGUAUAUUUAGAUUAGAUAAAAGUAGGGGAUAGAAAAUUUCGUCAAAUGGUGGAUUUUUAAAACAAUAAAACCAAUUGUUUAAAACCUCACAAAUCGAAAUAUAAGUUUGGUUUAGAUUUUAUCAUAAACUCUUAAUUUCCUCUUCUUAUAUUAACUGCAAAGGAUAAAGUAGAUUAAGUUGAAUUAAAAUGGAGAUGGAAAAUAAAGUAAAAAAAAACCUUUCUCCAUUCAUAAAUUCUUAUCUUUAAAUAUUUAUCGUUGGACCAAAGAGAAACAUGAAUAUCUAUAUAUUUGGCAGGUCGGAAUCAAUGUAGAUAUUGUAGUUGUAAACUGUAUGCACGUACAUAUAAUCCUGGAUUUAUGCCCACGUACAGUAAUUUGUUACAUGUAUUUAAAGAACUCCUAUUUGUUAACGUUAAAUGAAUAUAAUUAAUUAGAUAGAAA